AUGGCUUCAAAGCGAACUUGUGGUCCUCCAACAGGCAACACUCCUGGAAAAUCGCAGCCAAAAUUAUCAAGAUCACCUAGCCAACCAACGUCGAGGAAGAGCCUAUUUAAUAAUAUUGGCGAAACAAUAGAAAAACCUUGCAAUAAAAAAGUUCCAUGGACUGAAUAUGAAACAAAAACCUUAGUGCAAUAUAUAUGCCUUUACGCUGAAGAUGCAUGGAAAAAUAAAUGGCCCUCAAACAAAGAUCAAGAGUUUUGGGGGAAAUGUGCAGAAGCCAUCAAUAAAACUUGUAGCUCAAGUCGAACAGGUAAGCUAAAAAGUCAGUAUUUUUGGAAAAGUUGAAAAUGUUUAUUUCAAAAGGGACAAUGUCUAAUAAUAUAAAUGUACACUAUUAAGUAAAUUUUGCAACUUUGAUUAUUUAAUUCUUUCAUUUUUGCUAAUUUUGUAAAGGGCUGUCCUGCCGAACUCGUGCCCUCAAAAAUUUGGCCAAGAAAUAAGCAACACUUAAAGAUGCAGAGGAAGAUCUUAAUAUUGAUUAUGUUGAGGAUUGUAUUAACUUGUGGGAUGAACCUCUCAACACAUUGCAACAUGAAAGAGUGGACUAUCAAACAUUGUCUCCAAUAUUCAAAGCAUCACCUGUUAAUACGUCAACUGAGUCAAGGGCAACUGUUGGUGACAUUGUUCGUGAUUUCGAUGCUUCCUUUAAGUCUACUAUGUCACCAAGAUUAAAGGAACAGUUGGUAAAAUACUUUUAUAAGCAGAUGGUGAUUGAAAGUGGUGGAAUGAAUUUCUUUAAAUUUGUCGGGGCAGAUUUUCUUAACAUCAGUUUAAAUGCAAUGCGGACAUUGUUCAUGGCAGAAAAGCAUAAUCUUCUGCAUAGUUUAUCAGAAUGUUUUGCAACAAAAGAUAAUGAGUUGCCAACAAGAAUGCCAUUAGACAGGAUGCCAUUUGGCUUAAUAGACUAUAAUUUGCGUUUCUUUGCUGCAAAUCGUGGUUGGAGACCAUGUUUGCUCACUUUGGACAUAAAUGGGCAUGCUUGCAUCGUGGACCUUACUGGCAAUCUGAAGUGGAAGAGUUAA